AUGACCGACAACGCGAGCUCCAGAAUCGACACCCCGACCAACAUCUCCCUGAGUCCCAGCAUCGCCGUCUCCGAGUUGUUGGAGUACAAGACGGUGUCGGUGUUCCUGGUCCUGCUGGUGUGUGGCAUGGGCAUUGUGGGCAACAUCAUGGUGGUGGUGGUGGUCCUCACCACCCGCCACAUGAGGACACCCACCAACUGUUACCUGGUGAGCCUGGCCAUAGCCGAUCUGAUGGUGCUGGUGGCGGCGGGGCUGCCCAACGUGGCCGACAGCCUGACGGGCACGUGGGUCUUCGGCCACGCCGGCUGCCUGGGGAUCACCUACCUUCAGUACCUGGGCAUCAAUGCGUCCUCCUGCUCCAUCACUGCCUUCACCGUGGAGAGGUACAUAGCUAUCUGUCAUCCGAUGAAGGCUCAGACCGUGUGCACGGUGUCCCGGGCCAAGCGCAUCAUAGCUGGGGUCUGGAUCUUCACCUGUGUCUACUGCAUGCUCUGGUUCUUCCUGGUGGACAUUCAGGUCGGGCCGGACGGACACGUGCAGUGCGGCUACAGAGUGAAGCGGGAGCUCUAUCUGCCCAUCUACCUCACCGACUUCGCCAUUUUCUACGUCAUCCCUCUGCUGCUCGCCAUCGUGCUGUACGGCCUGAUCGCUCGAAUCCUCUACCUGAGCCCUCUGCCCCACCAUCCUGACACCAGCGCCACCACUCUGCGGCGGAGCUGUCGGGAAACCCCUGAACCGGGGAAGGGGGGUCGCCCGGGCCGACCAAAGACGGCGCUCUCCUCCAGGAAACAGGUGACGAAGAUGUUGGCCGUCGUGGUGAUCCUCUUCGCUCUGCUGUGGAUGCCCUACCGGACUUUAGUUCUGAUCAACUCUUUUGUGUCCACGCCGUAUCUGGACGCCUGGUUCCUCCUGUUUUGUCGGACAUGCAUUUACGCCAACAGCGCCAUCAACCCGGUGAUAUACAACGUCAUGUCUCAGAAGUUCCGCUCUGCGUUCCGCGGGCUCUACCGUUGCCAGCGGCCAGAAGGAAUUCAGAGGACACUGUCGACCAUCCAGCCCGGCCUCAGCACCAGAGACCAGCGAACAUCCCACGUCAACAGCAAAGGAACCAGUGAAAAGGCAAAGAUGACCGUCCUGAAUACCACCACUGAUUUGACUACCAAGCAGAAUGGAAGCAGCCGCCAGGAGACGGUCAGCGGCGAGAAAGCAAAACACGCGUCUGACGUCACAGCGGCUACGUUCACUUUCUGUGUGCGUCCUUCGGAAACGUCGCCAUCUGGAGAUAGAGAUGUGGAUCAGCCUUCCUCAGACGAUGCCCCGGGGGAUGUGGCAGGCAAACAGACAACAGACAAACAGGACAGCAUGUGAAUAUUCCCAGUUCACCAUUUUGUGGGAAAUGUAGAUUUUAUCAAAUGACGACAAGAGAGAGAAGAAACCUGUGAGAGUUUGUUAGUUCAUGAUUUAAAAACGGUGGAUUCCAGCCAUGAUCAUAAACCACCACACAAACAACAUAAUUCACCUCGGCCAAAAAAUCUUAGAAAAGAGUUUCAUUAAAAUACUUUACCGAUAAUAUAGAUUUACCAGUAUGUACAGUGGACUAGAGCUCACUAAUUAGUUUAUUUAAUACUACAAGUCCAGUAAUCGGCUCAAUCCAACAUUUACAUUUGAUGUUACAUAAGGUAUUUUUGCAUCAGUGAAUAAUUUCCAGUCUGUGAAUCAUGCUCAUGUUUUCUAAUCUGUCCUCGAGUCCUCUGUGAUUUAAAGCAGAGAAGAAACGGUCGAUGAAGGGAAUUUAAAUACGAGUUUAAUACUUCGAAAUACACUUGAUGUCAGGAUCUCGAAACAGAACAUUAGAGCAUGUAAACAUUUUACAGUCAUAACACAGAUUUAUGAUUAUGUUUCCUUGCCAGUGACACGUUGGUCCUGGAUUAUGAAGAAUUACUGUUUCUACAACAGGAUUAUUUAAACAAACAGAGCAACACAGGCAUUAACAGAACAAAUAUGAUGCAUCUGUUGGAUAAAAUACUAAAUAAAAUGUCCUUAUAAAGAUAUGUUGAACUAUCCACACAGCCAUUACACACCAAUGUAUACAUAUGCAGUAUAUUCUAUAAUCACAAUCAGCAUUCAGUACAACACACUGAUCAUUUACUCACUUAUAGUCUCGUCCGCUGGUUUAACCUGACGACCUCCUGUUGUUCUGUUGGAUGUUAGUUCGCAGCUCGUCACAUCUGAAUGGUGUGAAAACCACAGAGACGUUGACGUGUUUCGCUGUUUGUGUGGAUAAACCUGUGAUCUGCACACGGUCACAUGGUUCCACGUGUUUUCAGAUGAGAACAACAGGAAAAACAGUCUUUAGAUCGUAAGCGUCAAACAGUAACAGCAGGUUAUCCACUGUAGUUUAUGACAGAGCCAUCAGUUUAUAGCAUAUGUACCAAAGACAUCGUGGUCAGAGAUGAUUAACCAUAUAAAAUACUAUGUACCCUGUAAAAUACUGCAUAUAAUUAUUUAAACCUGACAAUCGCUUUAUUUUCUAUUUAUCUGAGAGACGACUUUUAUUUUGAGUAUUAAGGUAAUGCUACCACGAGAAUAAAGUCAUUAUAUUAUAAGAAUCAAUUAUUCUGUUAAUAUUUUGACUUUAUUCUUGAAUUCUCAGAUUUGUUUUCCUUUAAUCAUAAUAAUAAUAAUAAUGACCUAACUUUAUUUCCAAGGCAACUCACAAACUAAUUUCUUUACAAAGAAGACAAAUAGCAACAAGAAUACAAAAGACAAGAAGCAAAUGAAGACAAUGUCUUUUAAAAUCUCUUCAAAUGCUCUGUUGUCUCUGGAGGCGAAGGUCAGAAGAGACAUGCUAGUUACUAAUGUUUGGGAAUAUUACCAUGAAUCAUACAUUUUAUAUAAAGUUGGAAUAUUUCUGGUUGGUUCUGUCUCUGGACCAGAGCAGACGAAUGAUAUUAAUUUAAUCUCUGUGGAUCCAGUUGUUUGUUUCCUUAUCUUAACUCAUGAUAUGUUAAAACGUGAGAGACACUGACAGAGGUUUAAUUUAAUUUAAUUUAAUAAUUUCUGUAGAUAAUAAAUUAAAAAAGCUUCAAAAGGACAGUUUAGGAAGCAACUCUCUCUGAUGUGUAUUAAACAUGUGGACGUAUAUGUUCAGUGUGUUCAGUUCACUGAUACAUGGAUCCAACCGGUCUCACACUGAAUAUCACACCAGGUUCUGUGGAACUGGAAGCAAAUAACGAUUUGAAUCUUAUGGUAAACUGAAUGUCUAAUAUUUUAAAAUAUAUUACUAUUUUAUUAAACAUACAAUUUCCCAGUUUUAAAUGUAUAAUUUCUGAAACGUUGGUUCUAUCUCUCAUUCCCAUAUUCCACUGUUGUGGAUUCAGAUUUAGAAAUGAAUGAAACAGUGAGAUAUUCAGUUUAUUAUAGAUUCAAACCUUCAUGGAAAUUAAUUGCUUCCAUAAACCGUCCCAUGAGUCCACUUUCCCUUUAACGGAUGAAGACACUGACCCAUUGUGAGCUCACGCGUCGGGACUUUAUCGUAGCUACGCACGUACGUCGUAUUCACUGUGUUGGGCGAUAUUAGCUUCCUGCUUUUCUUGUGAUAAAGUUACUGUAAAAAGCCGUUUUCCUUUAAACUGAGUCAGUGCGAGAACUUAUUGGAUUAUUUUUUGUAAAUUAUAAAAUGAAAGCAGCAGAACACACUACAAACAAACAUGGCCGACACGUUCCUGUUCCUUUCUCUUUUCUUAUAGUUGCUAUAACCGAUGGUAAAGUGCUGUGAUUGAUAUGUAAGUUGUGUUUUUCUGGGUUUUCCUCGAUGCCCUGCACGUCCACACUGAUCCUGCCGGCUUCUUUGUUGUUGACAGUAUUUACCGGAUAUUUGAGCUAUUUCAAAAUGUGUUGUGUAAACAUGUGCAUGCAUGCAGCCGUGCUGAUGGGUCAUUUAAAUAAAUGGCCUUAAAUAUUUGCAGCCAUAAACAAGCUAAAGCUGCUUUAAAUGAUUUUUGGGGUCCGUGAAGGUGCAACGCAAACCAACUGUAAAUAAAACAAUGACGUACUGAGCAUCGUCCCUCGAACACAGUGCUGGUUUCACAUCCAACUGGU